GCCGUGAAAUUUAGUCGGCGCAGGUCUCUGCCAGUAUUGCACGUAAUUAUCCGAUUUUUCUCAAUAAAAUUAAAAAAGUAAUAAAUAAGAUGACAAUGAAGCUGAGAUUAUUGUUGAUAUCAAUGUUUUUUGUUGGACUAUUUAGUAACUCAAUAGCCUACUUGGAAUUUGAUGGGUGGAUUAAUAUUGAAUUAAAACAUGCUCUUAAUCCAAACGAACUUGAUAAUUUUGUUUAUCGCGCUAAUAUAUCAGUUCCAAGUUUGAAUUCUGGAUUGUUUAAUAUAGCUCAAGAAGUGUUAACAAAAAAUGAUUUAGAUAAUCUAAAGAGUCUCUCAGUGUCUGAUGGAUUUUAUCGUUUGAAAGCCGUAGUUGAAUAUCCGAAUGGAUCGAAACGAACGUUUCUUACUGCAAACAAAGCAUGUAAUUUACUCAAUAGUCAAUUGAGUGAUGAACUAUGGCUUUCUAUAGAUGCUAAUGGUUACGUUAACGCCCUGUCUUUGUCAACAUCUGAGGGAGAUUUUACAGAUUGUACAAUGUUGGACUUUUCUAAUAUGGCCAUAACUGAAUUUAAUACUGAUGUGUUAAUCAAACAUACUGAACUCGCCCCUAUACCAGAUACUGCUAGUUUUAUUCAAAAAAUAGAAAGAGAGCGGGAGGCAAGAGAACGAGGAGAAAAUAAAGACAACAGAGGAUUCUUUGCAAAAUACUGGAUGUAUAUCGUUCCAGUGGUGCUUUUAGUAUUUAUAUCUGGAGCAACUAAUCCUGAACAACAAAAAUAAAUUGUUUGUAAUUUAAUGAAUACCAAAAAAUAAAGGGUACUUCCAUUUUCAAAAAUAUACAAAAUAAUAA